AUGCACGAACCACUUAAGUUCAGUACUGGACCAGUGACCUUUAACCCCAGUAUCAGAUCAAAGGAAAGUGAGACAGCAUCAUGCCAAGUCUCCAGCUGCGUGUCUAUGAAGAGUGCUAGAUCAAUGCAUGAACCCCUUAAGUUCAUUACUGGAUCAGUGACCUUUAACCCCAGUAUCGGCCCAAAGGAGCGUCAGACAGCAUCAUGUCCAGUAUCCAGUUGUGUGCCUAUGCAGUGUGAUGGAUCUACACAUCAUCAGCCUGAUCUCAGUGAUGAAGCCGUGCCCUCUGAGCCUUUAGAUGAUAAGACCGGAGCCCUGCAGCAGGAUUCUCACCAACCAGUAGAUGGUGAACUACAAAGAAUCAAAGACCAGCACAAAACCAACAUGAAGAACAAGUAUGAGAGAUUAUUUGAGGGAGUCAAUCUAUACGAGACUCAAACCCUCCUGAACAGGAUCUACACACAGCUCUACAUUAUAGAUGGAGAGAUUGAAGGAGAAGAAGACCAGAUCAAGACUGUUCUUACUAAAGGCAUCGCUGGGAUCGGAAAAACCGUCUCUGUGCAGAAGUUCAUUAUGGACUGGACUGAGAGUAAAGCCAAUCAGGAUGUAGAUUUCAUGUUUGUGCUUCCAUUUCGAGAGCUGAACUUGAUCCAAGAUCAAGAGUACAGUCUUCACAAACUUCUGCUGGACUUUCAUCCUGAGCUUAAAAAUCUGCACUCAAAGAUUUAUGAGAAGUGUAAAGUUGUGUUCAUCUUUGAUGGUCUGGAUGAAAGCAGAAUCACACUGAUUUUUUCAGAUGAUCAGAAAGUUUGUGAUGUGACUGAGAUUUCAUCAGUGGGUGUGUUGAUGUCAAACCUCAUGAAAGGAGAGCUGCUUCCCUCUGCUCUCAUCUGGAUCACCUCCAGACCAGCAGCAGUUAAUCAGAUCCCCUCCAAAUACAUUGACCGUAUGACAGAAAUUCAGGGAUUCAAUGAGCCUCAGAAGGAAGAAUAUUUCAGAAAGAGAAUUAGUGACAAACAUCAAGCCAGCAGAAUUAUCUCACACAUCAGAAGAGCAAGAAGCCUCCACAUAAUGUGCCACAUCCCUGUUUUCUGCUGGAUCUCAUCCAUUGUGCUUCAGAAGCUCCUGAAUGAUGAUCUGAGUGCAGAAAUCCCACAAACUCUGACUGAAAUGUACAUCCACUUCCUGCUGAUUCAGAUCAACAUGAGGAAUCAGAAGUAUGAAGAGAGAGAUCCAGAGAAACUCCUGCAGUCCAGCAGAGAAGUGAUUGUCAAACUUGCUGAAGUGGCUUUCAAACAACUGAUGAAGGGCAAUGUGAUGUUCUAUGAGGAGGACCUGUUUGAGAGCGGCAUAGACGUCACUGACGCCUCAGUGUAUUCUGGGAUUUGCACUGAGAUCUUUAAGGAGGAAUCUGUGAUUCAUCAGAGGAAAGUCUACAGCUUCAUUCAUCUGAGCUUUCAAGAGUUUCUCGCUGCUUUCUGUGCAUUUUACUGCUAUUUAACACAGAAGCCAGUGCAGUUUCUGGGAUACAAACAUGAAAGGUACAGAUCUGAGGAAAGCUCUUUGAAUGAGCUGCUAAAAUCAGCAGUUAAUAAAGCCAUUGAGAGUAAGAAUGGUCAGCUGGAUCUGUUUCUGCGGUUCCUGCUGGGUAUAUCAUUAGAGUCCAAUCAGAGACUCUUACAGGAUCUACUGACACACACAGAGAACAGCUCAGAGACCAUCAGAGAAAACACAAAGUACAUUAAAGACAGAAUCCAGGGAAAUAAUGAUUUCUCAGCUGACAGAGCCAUCAAUCUGUUCCUCUGUCUACUGGAAGUGAAUGAUCAGACUCUGUCCAGAGAGAUUCAGGAGUUUGUAAAAUCAGACAAAAACUCAGGGAUGUAUCUCUCUCCAACCCACUGCUCAACAAUCGCUUACAUGAUUCAGAUGUCAGAGGAGGUGCUGGAUGACCUGAACCAUAAAUACAACACAUCAGAUGAGGGGAGAGGAAGACUGAUACCAGCUGUGAUCAACUGCAGAAAAGCUCUGCUAUAUGGGUGUAAUAUCACUGUUCAGUCUUGUCAAAGUUUGUCAUCAGCUCAACAAUCCUCAAACUCUGUCCUGAGAGAGCUGGACUGCAGUAAUACUGAUCUGGAGGAUUCUGCAGUGAAACUUCUUUCUGAUGGACUGAAGAGUCCAUUCUGUAAGCUGGAGAUACUGAGAUUUUCCAUAUGCAAUCUCACUGCUCAGUCUUGUGAGAGCUUUUCAUCACUUUUACAAUCUCCAAACUCUGUCCUGAGAGAGCUGGAUCUAAGUAACAAUGACCUGUGGGAUUCAGGAGUGAAGUAUCUUUCUGAUGGACUGAAGAGUCCAAACUGUCAGCUGCAGAUACUGAGGUUGUCUGGCUGUAUGGUGGCAGAGGAAGGCUGUCAUUAUGUGUCUUCAUCUCUGAGUUCAAACCCCUUACACCUGAGAGAGCUGGAUCUGAGCUACAAUUAUCCAGGGGAUUCAGCAGUGAAGCUUCUCUCUGAAAAACUCAAGAAUCCAAACUACAGACUGGACAAACUCAAUGUGAAUCAUGGAGGAGAAUCCAGGAUUACAGAAGGGCUAAAGAAAUAUGGCUGUGAUCUCACACUGGAUCCAGAAACAGCAAACACGAAUCUUAUUCUGUCUGAGGAGAGCAGAAAAAUUAAAUGGGAGUCUAACCAUCAGCCGUAUCCUGAUCAUCAGGACAGAUUUGAUUGUGUAUAUCAGGUGUUGUGUAGAGAGAGAGUGUGUGGACGCUCUUACUGGGAGAUUGAGUGGAAUGGGAUGAAUGGUGUGCAAAUAUCAGUGUCAUAUAAGAGCAUCGGCAGGAAGGGAAAUGGUGCUGAGUGUGUGUUUGGAUAUAAUGAUCAGUCCUGGAUUUUGUACUGUUGUCAAGCCGGUUACUCAUUCAGACACAAUAAUAUUGAGAAUAAUCUCCAUGUAAAGCCUGUACACAAAAGAACAGCGUAUGAUUAUAGUAGAAUAGGAGUGUAUGUGGAUGAGAGCGCAGGAACUCUGUCCUUCUACAGCAUCACUGACACAAUGAAAUUCAUCCACACAGUCCAGACCACAUUCACUCAGCCGCUCUAUCCUGGGUUUUAUGUUUAUCCUGGAUCAUCAGUGAAAUUGUGUUGA